GGCUGGGACCCAAGGUCCAGUUGAAUGCACAUCCCAGCGCAGCACCCUCACUGAGCCCAGAUCCUCUUCUGCUCCAGGAGUGAAACUGGAUAUAGAACUGCGGGGUCACCACUGCCACCCCCUCCCAUGCUGGAACCGCCAUUGGAAAUUACCUCCUAAGCAGAUCCCAUAUUCCUUCCUAGGGAUGUAGAGCUGGGAAAAUAGAAAAUGCUAAGUCUGAGAGAGGGGAAAGAACCAGUCCAGCAACACACAGAGCCCUGUGUAUUCAGAGGGAAGUUGGCAGAGCUGUGUUAGGACAGCGAAACUCUGAGUGGUACAAAGGGACGUGCCCAGAGUGGAGAAAUCAUGCUAAUUGUCUGCACCAGAGCUGGAGAACGCCACCCAAAAUGAAGAGAGAAAGGGGAGCCCUUUGCAGAGCCUCUGGGGCCCUGCGCCUCGCUCCUUUUGUCUACCUUCUUCUGAUCCAGUCAGACCCCCUUGAGGGGGUGAACAUCACCAGCCCGGUGCGCCUGAUCCGCGGCACAGUGGGCAAGUCGGCCCUGCUCUCCGUGCAGUACAGCAGCACCAGCAGCGACAAGCCUGUAGUGAAGUGGCAGCUGAAGCGGGACAAGCCAGUGACCGUGGUGCAGUCCAUCGGCACGGAGGUCAUUGGCACUCUGCGGCCAGACUACCGAGACCGCAUCCGCCUGUUUGAGAACGGCUCGCUGCUGCUCAGCGACCUCCAGCUGGCCGACGAGGGCACCUACGAGGUUGAGAUCUCCAUCACUGAUGACACCUUCACUGGGGAGAAGACCAUUAACCUCACAGUAGAUGUGCCCAUUUCAAGGCCACAGGUAUUAGUGGCUUCGACCACAGUGCUGGAGCUCAGCGAGGCUUUCACCCUGAACUGCUCGCACGAGAAUGGCACCAAGCCCAGCUACACCUGGCUGAAGGACGGCAAGCCCCUGCUCAACGACUCGCGGCUGCUGCUGUCCCCCGACCAGAAGGUGCUCACCAUCACCCGCGUGCUCCUGGAGGAUGAUGACCUGUACAGCUGUGUGGUGGAGAACCCGAUCAGCCAGGGCCGCAGCCUGCCCGUCAAGAUCACAGUGUACAGAAGAAGCUCCCUCUAUAUCAUCCUGUCUACAGGAGGCAUCUUCCUCCUUGUGACCUUGGUGACAGUGUGUGCCUGCUGGAAACCCUCCAAAAAGUCUAGGAAGAAGAGAAAGCUGGAGAAACAAACCUCCCUGGAAUACAUGGAUCAGAAUGAUGACCGUUUGAAAUCAGAAGCAGAAACCCUCCCGCGGAGUGGAGAGCAGGAGCGCAAGAACCCCAUGGCCCUGUACGUUCUGAAGGACAAGGACUCCCCGGAGCCGGAGGACAGCCCUGCGCCAGAACCUCGGAGCACGCCAGAGCCCGGCCCGCCCGGCUACUCCGUGUCGCCCACGGUGCCGGGCCGCUCGCCGGGGCUGCCCCUCCGCUCGGUCCGCCGUUACCCGCGCUCGCCAGCCUGCUCGCCAGCCACCAGCCGGACGCACUCAUCGCCGCCACGCGCCCCGAGCUCGCCGGGCCGCUCGCGCAGCGCCUCGCGCACACUGCGGACUGCGGGCGUGCACAUGAUUCGUGAGCAGGACGAGGCCAGCCCGGUGGAGAUCAGCGCCUGAGCCGCGUGCGGACCCCGGGAGGCGCGAUUGCGGGGCGCGGGGAGGGCCCCGCACCUACGGCGGCGCGAACGGUGUGAGCAUGCACGGGUGGGUGCGGCGGGCUGGCGGAGAGUCGAUCUGGUGGGGUGUUCUCGGUGGGUAAGGAUUGUGCCUUCUUAGGAUCGUAUAGAGUUUUAAAUUUUGAGCCCAAAUUCCCCCCAAAAGUUUUCCGGACACUAACACCAAUAACCCUAAACCUGUCCUGGCUCUGUCCAGCAAAGAACUCGUGUGAUUUCCCCCCAAACCUCGCCUCCCAAGGGGCACGUUUGAGGAGCCCAGAUUAUAUUAUUCCCAAAAGUACAUUCCCACUCACUGCACUUUGCAGACAGCGAGUGGGGAACUGCUUUUUUCACCCCUCGCAUUCAUGCCUUCUCCCUAGUUUGCUCACAAAAUAAGCUUUUCAAGCAAUCAUUACACCUUCUUCCAACUG